UUUGCAAACGACCCGAAGGACCCAAGUCGCAAGAUGCUGGCCCGCCGUUUCCUGAACCGCUCGCUCCAUGUGGCCGGCGCUGCCCGCGCCGCCAGCUCGGCCCAUGCCAUGCCGUCGUGGGCCAAGGUCGACGCCGAGAACGUCUCGGGCGCUGCGCCCGCCGAGAUCCACAACUUGCUCAACGGCGAGUGGGUCAGCGCGAGCAAGGCUGAGGGCAUCAAGGACCCGCUCACGGGCGAGGUGUUUAUGAACGUCCCGCUCACGCAGAAGGACGAGCUCAAGCCGUUCAUCGACAACAUGCUCGCGACGCCCAAGCACGGUCUCCACAACCCGUUCAAGAACGUCGAGCGCUACUUGCUCUACGGCGACGUUUCGCACAAGGCCGCCGCCGAGCUCCGCAAGCCGCACGUCUUGCACUACUUUACGCGCCUCAUCCAGCGCGUCGCGCCCAAGUCGUACGAGCAGGCCAAAGCCGAAGUCGUCGUCACGCGCAAGUUUCUUGAAAACUUCUCGGGUGACCAGGUCCGCUUCCUCGCGCGCUCGUUCGGCGUGCCGGGCGACCACUUGGGCCAGAUGAGCACGGGCCACCGUUGGCCGUAUGGCCCCGUCGCGCUCAUUACGCCGUUCAACUUUCCCUUUGAGAUCCCGAUGCUCCAGCUCAUGGGUGCCCUCUACAUGGGUAACCGCGUCACGAUGAAGCUCGACUCGAAGGUCGCCGUCGUCAUGUACGAGGCGCUUCGCAUGCUCCACGCCUGUGGUAUGCCCACGACGGACGUGGACUUCAUCAACUCGGAUGGCCCCGUCAUGAACGAGCUUCUUCUCAAGGGCAAGCCCAAGAACACGCUCUUCACGGGCUCGUCGGUGGUCGCCGAGAAGUUGGCCAGCGACCUCAAGGGCCGCAUCAAGCUCGAAGAUGCCGGCUUUGACUGGAAGAUCCUCGGCCCCGAUGUCUCGGACGAAGACUACGUUGCCUUUGUGUGCGAUCAGGAUGCGUAUGCGUGCUCGGGUCAGAAGUGCUCGGCGCAGUCGAUCCUCUUCAUGCACGAGAACUGGACCAAGGCGGGUAUUGAAGCGAAGCUCAAGGCGCUCGCCGCCCGCCGCAACUUGGACGAAUUGACGAUCGGCCCUGUCCUUACGGUCACGACCAAGCGCAUGCUCGACCACGUCGACAACUUGCUCAAGAUCCCUGGUGCCCGCGUUGUCUUUGGUGGCAAGGAGCUCAAGAACCACACGAUCCCGUCGUGCUACGGCGCGAUCGAGCCCACGGCCGUGUACGUGCCCCUUGCGGAGGCCGCCAAGCCCGAGAACUUCGAGCUCGUCACGACCGAGAUCUUUGGCCCGUUCCAGAUCCUCACCGAGUACAAGGACGGUGAGGUCGACACGGUCCUCAACAUGCUCGAGCGCAUGGAGGCCCACCUGACGGCGUCGGUCGUCUCGAACGACAUUGGUUUCCAGCAGCACAUCCUCGCCAACUCGGUCAACGGCACGACGUACAACGGUAUCCGCGCGCGCACGACGGGUGCGCCCCAGAACCACUGGUUCGGCCCUGCCGGCGACCCGCGUGCCGGUGCCAUUGGUACGCCCGAGGCCAUCAAGUUGGUCUGGUCGUGCCACCGCGAAAUCAUCAACGAUUUUGGCCCGAUCAACGCGAGCUGGACGACGCCCAAGGCGACGUAAAUGCAUGCAAGUACGAAUAGCAGCACAGCAUCGUCAUGCAGCCAUAAGAAGAAAUUUAAGUGUAGAUGAUCCCGUA